UUUAACAUGUAUGCACACAUUCAAGUCCUGUGUUUUAAAUUAAGAGUAGUUUUCCAUUCAGUUUGUUAAGUCAGUUGCAUGCGAAUGGUUGCGUUCAAAGUUCGUAAUAAUAUGGCGCCGAAAAAGAAGGUACUUUCUAUUAAAGAAAAAAUGGAAAUUAUUAAUGUUUUCGAAAAAGAUAAAUUAUCAGUACGUGGAAUUACAAAAAGGUUCAAUAUUGGCAAAACACUAGCGCCUGAAAUCAAUAAAAAUAGAGAAAAAAUUCGUUCUAAAUGGGAGUCUGGAGUUAAUGUUCAUCAAAAGCGAAGCUUUCUUAAAGAAGGCGGCUCUGAAAUAGGCAAGAUGUGUUUUAAUUGGUUCGCUAAGGCUAGAAUUCAAAACAUUCCGAUUUCUGGUCCCAUUUUGAAAGCAAAGGCAAUGGAAAUUGCAGGCAAACUGGGUGUACCAAAUUUGAAUGCUUCAGAUGGAUGGUUAAACAAAUGGCGAAUAAGGAAUAAUGUUGCUUUCAAAUGCGUAUCUGGUGAAGCUGCAGAUGUACACCAGGAUGGUGUCGAACAGUUUAGGACAAAACUGCCAUCUCUGUUGACCGGUUACAAGCCUGAAGACGUUCACAACGCAGACGAAAGUGGGCUUUCGGUACACUAUCAAAGGUAAGACUCACAAUUUUGUUCUGUGCUAACAUGGCUGGAGAUAAGGAGCUGGUUUUGGUUAUAGGUAAAGCAGCCCGUCCUCGAUCUUUUAAACAUGUUCCAAUCGCAAAACUGCUAGUAGAUUGGAAGUCUAAUAAAAAAGCAUGGAUGACUCGAGAAGUAAUGAGUGAAUAGCUGCACCAGUGCAAUCGAAGAAUGAAAGCCCACAAUCGAAAAAUUAUCUUGUUUUUAGAUAACGCGGCUUCUCACCCAAAGGAAUUAAACUUAACCAACAUAAAAAUUAUUUUCUUGCCGCCAAAUACAACGGCGGUUAGCCAACCCCUUGAUCAAGGUAUAAUCCAAAAUUUAAAAACUUUGUAUAGAAG